AUGUCCUUUGUGCUCGUCAACUUGCUGGACUCGCAGACUUGCUUAGACUUGAAGUACUUUUCGUCAAGUGAAAAAUCCAACGAUGCACCGCGUGUCGAGCCACUGCUUGUAGAGCAUCUUGACAAUGUUAUUACGACCAUACACGCUGCGUUCAAAGAAGACCCAAUGUAGAUAUAUUUGGCCGCCGGAAUCAAAUCAUCGCCAUUGCAUGGAACCGUCCGGGACAAAGUCACAAAAGCGAUAUUCAAGCGCUAGCUGAAGCGGAACCUUGCCUACACCAUCCAUGCGGGAGAUUCGGUCAUAAUGUCAAAGCCUCCAGAAGGCGAUAUCUCCAAGCCGUCACCAGUUGAUCGGGUGCUUGAUUCCUUUGUCCGUAUUGUCACAAAAAUGUUUAACAGCAUUUACCCGGAACAAGCAAAGAGGCUAAAAGAAUUUGAAAAGAAGGCCAGUGAACUAACUGAAGUCAAAUUAGGGCCUGAAGCAAAGAAGAUGUUCUGUGUUACCCUUCUCGCAACGAAGCCAGUACAGCAGGGCAAAAAAGGGUUUCGGAUCGGCUUUGCUCAAUACCAUAUUAUUCUCUGUAGGGCGAUGUUACCUCUCUUAAUGCUAUAUACUAACAUAUUUUCUCGAAAGGCUGACAUACGAGGCCGUUCGGUUUAUUUGUUUUCGAGCAAUCUUGCCAACGUCGCGUAUUACGAAUCAUUCGGAUUUGUACGAACAGCGGACGUGUCGUUGGGAGAUGAUAAUCCAAAAUGGAAUGGUCCCCCAGUUAUUGUCCCUUUGAUGGUUCGCGAAGCGCGGAAGAAUACUUAAACUUCGACAGUCUACAGGUCGGACCAGCUUUUGAAUGAAUUAAUUAUUCC